GAAGCGUGUUCAACUUUGGCUCAUCAUCAGUUAACCGCACCACCGUGAGUGAACAACUUGGUAUAAUAAUAUUUUAGUGGUGAAUUUUGUGUUAAGUUUGUGAUCAUAAUAUAUCCAGAAUGAUGAGCACACGCCUUGUUAUGUUGGCGUCGCUUGCGACUUUGACAUUAGCUAGACCCGAUGCUGGAUACUCGUACAGCUCUCCAUCUCCUUCUUUCGGAGCCCCAUCCUCAUCAUAUGGAGCCCCGUCGUCCGGCGGCGGUGGUUACGCGUCGGGCGGUUUCUCCGGCGGCUCGAGCAGCUACGCCAGCGCCCCGGUAAGUUCCGGAUACUCCAGCGGUGCCAGUUCCGGAUACUCCAGCGGCGGUAGCUCCGGCGGAUACUCCAGCGGCGGUAGCGGCGGCGGUUACUCCAGCGGCGGUAGCGGCGGCGGUUACUCCAGCGGUUACAACUACGCGCCGGUCGCCCCGGUCGUACAAAAGCACAUCUACGUGCACGUGCCGCCCCCAGAACAGGAAUACGUCGCCCCCCAACAGAUCCAAUCGGUCGCUCCCCCGCAGAAGCACUACAAAAUCAUCUUCAUCAAGGCCCCGACCCCGCCGACCCCGACCGUGCCGCAAUUGCCACAGAUCCAACAAGACUCCGAGAAGACUCUGAUCUACGUUUUGGUCAAGAGGCCCGAAGAUCAGCCACAGAUCACCAUCCCGACCGCGGCGCCGACCGCGCCGUCCAAACCCGAAGUGUACUUCAUCAAGUACAAGACCCAAAAGGAAUCCGGAUACGGCGCCAGUAGCUCCGGUGCCGGUUUCUCUUCCGGAUCGUCCGGGUUCGGCGCCAGCGGUGCCGGCGGAUUCAGCGGCAGCGACUCCAUCGGAGCCGGUCUUUCCUCCAGCUACGGAUCUCCCAGCUCCGGCCCGUCCUCCAGCUACGGAUCCCCCAACGCCAUCCCGUCGUCCAGCUACGGAUCCCCCAGCGCCAGCCCAUCGCCGAGCUACGGCGCCCCCAGCUCCAGCGGAUCGUACUAGACUUCAACGCCCAACCGUUGCACAUACACACGCUUCGCCGACCGCAGGAAAAUGUUGAUUGUUACUUUUCUCCGGUCCCAAAACUCCCCCGAAGCGAUAACUCCUUUUCCUCCCCAUCCCUCGUUCUCCACUUCCUCCAACCAAUUGUAAUAUAAUCCAUGUAAACUAUAUUAUAAUACUAUGAUAUAUUGUAUUGAUUGAUUUAAAAAAUAAAAUGUUAAUUAGUCUCGAGCUCAAUUAAAAAAAAAAAAAGUCUAUGUAAAUUAUCGUCAUUUAUUAAAGCUUAAAAACCGUAUUUUUAAGAAAAAUUGUUGUCAUGAUAAUAACGAUGAAAAAUACAAGACCAUUAUUUUUAUUAUUA